AUGCAUUCAACAGAAAUCGCGACUGCCGUAAAAUUUUGUGAACGUAUGAGCCAAACGUGGAAUGGAAAGUGCAAUAACAAGAAGUGUGAUAAAAAAUGCAUUGAUUGGGAGAAAGCAAUACACGGAGCUUGUCACUCGCGUGAAGGGAAAUCUGGUUGCUUCUGCUACUUUGACUGUGCCAAGAAACCUCCAAAAGAUUCUGUACCGGCUCCUCCCGGAUUCACAUCUCCUGGAAAAGGUUCAAAACCACCUAGAAAAGGGUCAAAACCACCUCCUGCUACCGGUGGCGGUGGUGGAUCAUCAACUCCUCCUGCAGGUGGCGGUGGCGGAUCAUCACCUCCUGCUGGUGGUGGUGGUGGUGGUGGCGGUGGCGGUGGCGGUGGAUCAUCACCUCCUGCGGCUGGUGGCGGUGGUGGUGGAUCAUCACCUCCUGCUGCCGGUGGCGGUGGUGGUGGAGGUGGAUCAUCACCUCCUGCUGCCGGUGGCGGUGGCGGUGGAUCAUCACCUCCUGCUGCUGGUGGCAGUGGCCGAUCAUCACCUCCUGCUGCCGGUGGCGGUGGAUCAUCACCUCCUGCUGCCGGUGGCGGUGGCGGCGGAUCAUCACCUCCUGCUGCCGGUGGUGGUGGUGGCCGAUCAUCACCUCCUGCUGCCGGUGGCGGGUCUCCGCCUCCUACUGGUGGCGAUAAACCAUGUCACCAUUUCGAAGACUAUUUCACUUGCAUGCAGGCCUGCGGGGUCCAAAAUCGAAACCGAAAAAGAGCUACAUCCUUCAAUUAG